GAAUUUCUCGAAUUUCACUCGUCACACUGUCCCCUUAGUAAAUUAGUCAUUCCUUGCAUUCUCUCUGUGGCGCAUGGAUUCAUUUACGUGAUUCUCAUAAAGAAAUCUUUGGCUGUUCUUAAGGUGUAAAGUAAGGUGAAAGUGUCGUGUGGAAAACGUGAGGAGUGCAAAGAAAUUUCAACAGACUUUUCUUUAAAGUUUAAUGACAAGAAGUAUUCUUAGGAUGGCAAGCGAAAGGACUCCUCUCAACACGGAUAUCCCACCGGGGCCGUCUUACGUUUAUCCUCGGGGAUUUGGGACUAGAGCUCGACAGCGGCAAAUCCGGCAGUUUCAGUGCUGUAUCUGUGCAACAUUUCUGGUUAUAUUUGUUGUGGCUUUGGUAAUAACGAUAUCGUACACAUUGAGUACAGAAGACAGUAAUUUUGUUGAUAAUUCUACAAAUACUCCAUCAACUUUUGCAAUUGAAAAUACCACGGAGGCUUCAUUGAAUGGCACAGAUGUUACUCCAACUGCUACCAUUGAAGCUCUACAAGGCCUUCCAAUACUUUUCCUAAUGAAUUUUCCUUUAAAAGAGGAGGCUCCAGACAAUUGGACUCUUCCUAAGCCAACACAGCAGGAAACAACUGAUGCUAUAAAUUCAGGGAAAAAUGCAUUGGGGGAUAAAGAAAUUCUUGAGGAGAACCUACCGAGUCCAGUAAUGGGAACACCUUCAUAUCGCCAUCAGAAAGCCAUUGCAUCAACUCCUGAAGCAACAUCAAUGACAAAGCGUGGCUUUGUGGAGAAUCAAGCGACCAGGGCUUUCAUGUCUCGUCAUCGAAAUGUCUCUCGUUCUAGGCGUGAUUCUGCAAGGAAACAUUCAAUUGGACGAGGUGCUCCGAUCGAUCUGGGCCAGCCUCAAGUUUCAUUAAAUUGUUCUCAGAUCUCUUCAGUAUAUCGCACAUCCAAUGGAAGCUGCAACAACAAGGAUAAUCCCCAUUUUGGUAGUUCACUAACACCGUUUAGGCGAAUUUUGAAUCCAGAUUAUGCGGAUGGUAUUCAACAACCUAGGAUGUCUAGUGAUGGGAGAAGUCUACCUUCGGCUAGAAAAGUAUCUUUGGAAAUGCACAGACCUGAAUUUGAAUCUGAUCCGAAGUUUACUGUAAUGAUGGCUGUCUGGGGACAAUUCUUGGAUCAUGAUAUUACAGCAACGGCUCUCAAUCAGGGACAGAAUGGACAACCGAUUGAUUGUUGCUCAGUUGAGGCCCAAACACAUCCUGAAUGCUUUUCUGUACCAAUUGAAGAAGGUGAUCCCUACUUUGAUGAAUAUAAUGUCACGUGCAUGGGAUUUAUACGAUCAGCUCCUGCUCCAACUGGACACUUUGGUCCUAGACAGCAACUCAAUCAAGCUACAGCCUUUAUAGAUGGGUCUGCUGUUUAUGGUUCAACAGACUCCCGCACAAAAAUGCUGAGAGAACACGAAGGUGGACGCUUAAGGAUGUUCCAUACUGCUGACAACCGAACACUCCUACCCUUGUCUACAGAUCCAUCCGAUGGAUGCAAUGAUGCGGUGCAAAAUGCAGCUGGAAAAUAUUGCUUUGACACCGGAGAUUCAAGGGCUAAUGAGAAUCUUCUCUUGACUUCUAUGCAUCUAAUCUGGGCACGGCAUCACAACCAUUUAGCUGAAGGAUUAAGUGCUGUUAAUCCCAAGUGGUCUGAUGAGAAGUUAUUUCAGGAAGCUCGAAAAAUUCUAGGAGCUCAAAUGCAACAUAUAACAUACAUGGAAUUCCUACCCAUUCUCUUUGGAAAAGAUUUUUGUGAACAUCUUAAAAUUUUUCCAGAUAACUCUACAACUGAUACAUAUCACCCCGAUGUAGAUCCCAGUAUUGCAAAUAGUUUUGCAGCAGCUGCCUUUAGGUUCUCACACAACCUACUUCCAGGACUGAUGAAUGCUUCUCGGGAUGAUAACACAACGGAAGCCAUUCAUUUGCACGAUAUGCUUUUCAAUCCCUUCUCUCUGUGGCAUCCACGUGGUGUCGAUGAGGCUGUUGCUAGUGCUGUAGAUACUAGCUUAUCACGACCAGAUGCUCGCUUUACAACUGAACUUACUGAACGUCUCUUCGAAACACCAACAGAAGAUAAGCCUCAACCACCGUGUGGAUUAGAUUUAGUAUCGUUAAAUAUUCAACGAGGACGGGAUCAUGGGCUACCGGGGUAUCCUGAGUGGAGGAAAAAGUGUAAUCUCUCUCCGGUUGAGUCCUGGGAAGAUAUAAGUUCUGUUGUAGGAUCAGAUGCAACAAAACGGCUUCAAAUGCUAUAUCGUCGUCCCGAUGAUAUUGACGUCUACACAGGAGCUCUUCUUGAGAGUCCUGUAAAUGAUUCCCUAGUAGGACCUACACUUCUCUGCAUGCUAGGAGAUCAGUUUUUGCGCCUUAAGGAGGGUGAUGCUUUCUGGUACGAAAGGACUCAUGGUCCACAGCGUUUUACUCCAUCCCAGAGGCAAGAGAUACGUAAAACUACACUUGCAGGAGUAAUUUGUGCGAAUGCAGACGCACUGGGUGAAACACAGAGGGAAGUUAUGCGGAGUGUUAGUGAGGAAAAUCCUAUAAUUGAUUGUGAAUCCUUGGACACGUUCAAUUUUCAACCAUGGAAAGAGAAGAAUUUCCGAGGCGUUAAAAUGGAUUCAACACAAUCCAAAGUGCUGGUUCAUCCCUCGAGGAAUGGAAAUGUCACUAAACCUUUGGAUUAAAAAUGCAUAUAGAUUAAGUAAUAUAAUAUUUUAAUUCAUAUAAGAUUUUUAAUUGAGGAUUAUAUAAUAAAAACCUUAAGAGUAGGGUUUUUUGUAUUCAAAGUAAGGAAACUAAAAUUCAUUAGAUAUGUAAUAAAAAUAUUGAAAAUUUGAGAAAGAUUAAAUUAAAGCAAUUAUGGGAAUAGAGUUAACAAUUUUCUUUGUAUUAUGAAUAUGCAUACAUUAAAAUAAGCCAAUAAAAUUAAUAAUUAAUUGAUAGAAA